AUGACCAUAACGAUGACGAGAAAAGUUAGUGAAUGCCAGGCAGAAACAGUUCAGUUUAUGGCUAUUGAGAAAUUAGAUGAUGAGUGCAUACAAGAGAAAGAAUUUAGCAGAGAGAACACAUUAAUAAGACGAGGGAAGAAAUUAGAAAGUAACAAUAAUUUAUCAGAUGAGGAUAUCCAAUACAUGAACUAUAGAAAACUUUUAAAAUAUGAAGAAGCCCCUGUAUAUUUACAACACAAUCCAUAUAUUAGAGAUGGUUACAGGAAAUUAUUACCAACCAGACUAUGUUGGGAAAGCAUAUUCUGGUGGACAAAUGAAACCAUGAAUAUUUGGACUCAUAUAUUUGGUUUCUUUCUAUUAUUGUUUCUUACUAUCAACGAUCUGGUCAUCAUUAACAUACAUGCAACGGUCACCGAUAAAACUGUUGCCGCUAUACUCUUCUCCUGUUUUUUAAUAUGCAUGGCGUUAUCAGCUCUGUACCACACGUUCUCAUGUCGAUCGGAAAACGAUUACAAUACAUUCCUCAUGUAUGACCUAUUCGGUAUAGCGCUAUCUUUACUGGCGAUUUACACAUCAGGUGUUUACUACGCGUUCUGGUGCCAUCACGAGCUAAAGACGUUCUACAUGAUAUCAGUGACCCUAAUAUUCGUGGUAGCUAUGGUGUUACAAGUACCGAAGCUUCAAGUCCCUUAUAUUGUUAAGAUGUGCGUGUUCAUCGGCUGGGCGGCUUAUGGGGUCCUGCCGACACUACACUGGACAUACGUGAUGGGGGGCUUCGAUAACCCCAUGGUUCAGAUUUUCUUCCCUCGUGUGAUCGGCAUGUACGUCAUAAGCGGUACAGCAUUCGCUAUAUACGCCUUCAAGAUUCCAGAGAGAUGGUACCCAGGUAAAGUGGACUACAUCGGUCAUUCACAUCAAUGGUGGCAUAUCUUAGUGUUGGGUGCCUUAUAUUAUUGGCACAACUCAGCUAUGAUAUACGUCCAGUAUAGAAUGAACCACGGCUGUGCUAAUACCAUGAGGAUAUUCUAG